CUCUGUAUCAGACCUGGAGAUGGCUGUGGCCUACUGGAACCUGGUUCUAACUGGUCGAUUCAAGUUCCUGGACCUCUGGAACAGGUUUCUAUUGGAGCAUCAUAAGCGGUCGAUCCCCAAAGACACGUGGAACCUGCUACUGGACUUUGGCAACAUGAUUGCAGACGACAUGUCCAACUACGACGAGGAAGGAGCUUGGCCUGUCCUCAUCGACGACUUUGUGGAAUUUGCCCGGCCAAUCGUGACAGGGGGCAAGCGUAAAACCAUAUAGGUCAUACCCAGUUCCCAGCAGGGGCUGACGAUUUUAUACACACCAGCCAAAAAGAGACUUCUACAAGACUGUCCAAGUUUGUGAGACUGAGCUGCCAAUCAGGGGCCGGGGAGCGACAUGACAGCCAAUCGGAGAGAAGGAAAACAACAACAGGAAGAGGAAGUUAUCUUUUUCUUUGUUUUGGGACUGAGUCACUCCGGGAGGCGGGCUGUUAGCAGGGGGUGGGAUCGUCGCGGAGCUAUGAGCUCUGCUCCCAUUGGCUAGCUGGAUCAGACUGAUCGGCCAACGACUACAGUACCCAUACACCAGCCACCAUCAGAUCAGUGGGCGUGUCUAUAGAUUCUAGAACUGGUGCUCUGGUCCCACCCCCCCUAGCUGCAGCCCCCCGCCC